CUCUAUAUUGUCUGCAUUUGUUCUCUGCGAGCGACAAACUACACUACUAAUGGUGCUAAAUUACCUAGGACAAUCUGCAGCAAAAUACGACUGAGGAAGCAUCUAUGGCAACACAAUACAAAAUGAGUCCAGUGCGCACAGAUAAAUCACAGUCUUUACAACAUAAUCGGCCGAAGACCGACUAUGAGCGAUGGCUUGAAGAAAAAGACAAGAAUUAUGAGAUCACUGAAAGUUCAGAGUACCAUCCGCCCAUCCCCGGUAUCGAUUUGCAAGUUCCGCUAUUCCAUCAUCCCCUCGACCUCGACAGCAGUCCGCGCGAAAGUGGUCACUUGACAAUGCCUGAUGCUACGGAGUUGCGAGCCCAUCAUUAUCAUGGCGAGUUUCUGCACCGACUGACUGCACGACCGCCCUCCCCUCUGAAGGCUGUUAUCACCGAAGUUCUCCUUGAGCCUUACGUAUGGCAGCUGACAAUACUGUCCGUCGGGAUUGUUGCUUUUGUACUCGCUGUGAAGAGUCUUCGAAAGCGACAUUGUAGUGGAAGGGCGUCUUUAGUGCCUGCAUCAACUGAUCAUCUGACCCCGGAUAUUGACCAAAAAGAGGUGGUGUGAGCUGCAACGUCUUGUAGAUUGAGUUUGGGCCCGAAGCAGAUCGAGGGUGCAUAGUAGCUACCCUUUUUCCUUUUCUUCAUUUUCUUUAGUAGAUAAUUAUUUUACUCACUGCUGGUUAAGUGUGAUUACUUCAAGUCGUAUGACUCCAGUUUCUACCCAUUCACAGAACAAUGAACCAGAGAAAAAAAUCAUAAAAAUGAGAAGACUUCUAACAGCGUUCGGGGAGACUAAGC